CGAUGACUCUUGGUAAACACGCGUUGGACCAGUUGGACUUGGUUAUCCAAUCGACUCAUAGCACACGCAGAACAUCGCUUAUCACCAUGGUUAUCAUCCAUCCCUCUCCGUCCCAGGUAGUCAGAGCGCAUGCCCCGACACCCGGUCACCGCGCGCCGUCCUGCGCCACCAGCAGUAGUUGAGCGCGCGCGGCAGGCAGGCAGGAACAGCACUCCGCCGUUCCGCUUACCGCCUUUGGGCGAUACCUGCAGUAGGUGGGUGGGCGACUGGGCGACUGGGCGCGAUGUCUCGUGAUACCCGGAUUCCGUAGGGGGGCAUUUCUACCGCGAGCGUCGGCUGGAGGCUUUUCUAACUUCACCCGUGGUCGGGAACACUUUGUUCUGAGGAUACUUCCGCCGGAGCAGUUGUAUGGAGAGGAUGAAGUUCCUCCUCGUAGUGGAGGCUGAGCGCGCGCCAGGGGACACGAUGAAGAGGAAAGUACCGCGCGUGUAACUUGCUGAAAUCGCGCGUGAACCAAGUCUCCUCGAGCGGGUGAUUGAUCGUUUUGUUUCGCGUCACGCGCCGCACAGGGAGCCCACGGUGGAUGAGUGGAGUAUCUGAUGAGCUGAAGGCUGCACUGCGCUUCUGAACAGUGGUCGGCGCGGACGACCAGGGAGAAGACAUGGUAGAUGAGGAUGGCCGCACCUGACCUCCUCGACCCCAAGUCUGCGGUGCACAACGCCAAGCCCCGCCUCUCCUUCUCGGCCCACCCCCUGGUGCUGACCCCGCCCGUGGACGAGUACGACGAGGUGCGCACCGCCGUCAUGAGGUGGAAGACGGUGUCGGCCAUCUUCUUCCUGGUGGUGCUGUACCUCAUCGUGGGGGCCACGGUGUUCCGGGCCCUGGAGCAGCCCCACGAGAGCUCCCAGAAGCUGGCCAUCCUGGCCGAGAAGCUGGAGUUCCUCGACCUGCACGCCUGCGUCAACUCGUCCGAGCUGGAGGACCUGGUGAAGCAAGUGGUCUCUGCAAUACGAGCCGGCGUCAACCCAUCAGGAAAUCCCUCCAAUCAGACCAGCCUAUGGGACCUAAGCUCCUCCUUCUUCUUCGCCGGCACCGUCAUCACCACCAUUGGCUUUGGGAACAUCUCUCCUCACACAGAGGGCGGGAGGAUCUUCUGUAUAAUCUACGCCCUGCUGGGGAUUCCGCUGUUUGGAUUCUUAUUGGCUGGCGUCGGGGAGCAGUUGGGAACCAUCUUCGGAAAGGGCAUCGCCAAAGUAGAGAAGAUGAUUGUGAAGUGGAACGUGAGCCAGAUGAAGAUCCGGGUCUUCUCCACCGUGCUCUUCAUCCUGUUCGGCUGCGUGAUCUUCGUGGCGCUGCCGGCCGUCAUCUUCAAGCACAUCGAGGGCUGGAGCGCGCUGGAGUCCAUCUACUUUGUGGUCAUCACCCUCACCACCAUCGGCUUCGGGGACUUUGUGGCGGGCGAGAAGGGAGGCCUGGAGAACCCAGAGUUCAUGGACUACUACAAGCCGGUGGUGUGGUUCUGGAUCCUGGUGGGCCUGGCCUACUUCGCUGCCGUGCUCAGCAUGAUCGGGGACUGGUUCCGGGUGAUCUCCAAGAAGACCAAGGAGGAGGUGGGCGAGUUCCGGGCGCACGCGGCCGAGUGGACGGCCAACGUGUCGGCCGAGUUCAAGGAGACGCGGCGCCGUCUGAGCGUGGACAUCUACGACAAGUUCCAGCGCGCCGCCUCCAUCAAGCGCAAGCUGUCGUCGGAGCUGGGCAUGAACGCCGUCAACCAGGAGAUGACGCCGGGCAAGCGCACGCUCUCCGUCAACUUCGGUGAGGAGCGGGAACUGUACCCCAACCUGACGCUCUCGUUCACCCCCGCGCCGCUGAGCCGGAACGGCAGCCUGUACCUCAACGGCCUCAGCCCCGACUACGCAGACCGCCGCGAGGUGGCAAUCAUCGAGAACUUCAAGUAACCGUGGCGACGGGACAGGGUGGGACGGGGGGGACGGGGGGGGGUCCCGAGUUGGACGCAUGACGAUUGGAAGAUUGGGAUUGCUGCAGAUUGAGAUCCACACACAAACACCCACAUCAUCUGUGCUUGGUGGAGACACACACACACGCGUGCCGCACGGGUGCACUGAUGGAUAUAGCUGCUGUGAAGGCCGCCGACGCUGCAUUCAUUAGUUCGAUUGACCGGCGGGGAUAUCGAUUGGAAAGGAAUGGAGAAUUGAACAGAUCAAUCAAGACGCUAAGUACAUUCGCGGAUACACAUCACAUGGUUUGAGCCUCUGGCACGCACACACAGACGCACACACACACACACACACACACACACGUCCAUGUAGAGAACAUGAACCGUGGAUGCACUCAGACGCAGUGCCUCCGAGCUUGCGGGGCCGGAGACAUUUAUUUUGUAUCUACUUGGCGGCCAUACCUCUUCUCAAACUCGACGUGGCGUUCUCUGUGCCAGCGCCAAGCAUUCGCCGCGAGACCACUGUGCUUCUUCGGGGAUGACACACAGAGCAAUUUAUUACUAUAUUCUAUUCAUACUAAUAAUGCUAUUACGAUGAUAGAAGUUAGCACUCAUGACCCAAGUUCCAUUAGGGAGAGGACGAUUUCACUGAACCUCCCACCGCGUCGAGCUGUUCACCUUGGGAUGAGUCCCAGCGUGCCUUAGCAAACACCAAGUCUAGGACCGCUGAAGAUUUCUUCUGGUUCAGUAUUAGACGGAGCGACGGCCACGGUCUGUGUGAUGUUUGUGCUGAAUCUUGAUGAUUGAGGAACACAUCGUGAGAAAGCGUGUCGGGGAAUGAAGGCCGGUCGAAAGGAAAACUAUUGAUCAUAUUGAACAUUCUCUAUUUACCUUCCUUCGAAUCUAUUUAAGAGAGUAAUAUAUCAAAUAUAUAUAUACAUAUAUGUAUGAAAAUAUUGAAAUGACGGAAUACAGUCAACAUGCGGGUAAAGUUUCUAGUUAUCAAACUGGAUUCAGCUUGUGCAAUGUUGGAUUGAUUUGUUGAAGCCAUGCCAAUAAUACACAGCGAACGUUUCUGGGGCCAACUGGAUGCCACCUUCAGAGAUCCAUCCGUCAAUAUGUUGUUUAACGAUCAAGAGAACGACCUUCUAAUGGUAAGAUGGUCAUUGAAGGUCUAUGAGUUCAUGAUUACAAAUGGAGAAAAUGUUGAUUCCUUUCAUAAUCUUUGCUUGUGUUAAAAGUGAAUGUAUGUUGUUGGAGAAUCCUCAAUAAGUCUAGUGAUUUUUUUUAAGGUAUUGACCAGCACAAGUUCCAGAGAUCAUGGAAGUGUUUCAUGACCAUUAUUCCUUCUCACUGAGAACUUCAUUCCUACGUUCCUCCGUGGCUGAAGCAAUUGCCAAAUCGGUGCCAAUUUUAAGUUCCAAACCCUUAAUUAUUAUUUAUCAUCGCACUCUUGUAUCCAGCACACAUCAAUUAAAAGACAAACUGUGACAGAUGUGUAUCAAUCAAAAAGUUUAAUAUAUAAUUUGAGUCUAUCGAAAGAGUUUUAUUGUUUUGUUUUUUUCAACUGACUUAAUGCCAAAAUUUGAUGUCGUCUUCAAACGGAUAUUUAUUCAGCUUUUGUCCUUGUCGCCAUUUGUCUAUUUUCAAUGCGUCUAGCGAGUGAAUCGCCGCAAUGUAAGGACAUGUAAUAUGCAAGGAUGUUUUGUAAGGUGGUUGAGUUUACGAUGAUGAUGAUGAUGAUUAACCCAUUUGGACUGACGGUCCUGAAUGUGACGUCUUCACGAUCGACCCAGUGCUUCUGAGACAAGUGGUCCUUACAUUGCCAAAAUACAUCUGACGUUCGCUGUUUACCGUCUGUAGCAUCAUGUAGAGAAACUCUAAACAGGCUUACAACACAGUGAUUAUUUUGUUAUUUUUAUUUUGUUUGAAUCAAGUCUGCUUUCUUUGCACAGGGGUCUGUUAUGCCAAAUGUCAUUAGAUGUUGAUGGAGAGAACACGAACAGUAGAUAAAGUAUGACUUUGGGCUUCAUCUGCUCAGUGGUUUUCCAUGAGGAUCCAGCUUGCCAUUCAGCCCUCCACAUGGCUUAGAUUUCAUGAAUAUUCAUGUCUUCGCGGGAUCUUUGGUCCUUGUGGAUUUUUUCGUGCGCGUGUGUGUGUCUUUGUGUGUGUGUGUGUGCGUGCGUGUUCUUUCUAAGAUGAGCAUUGCGUUGUGUGAAGCCCUAACCCGGACAAUACAUGGACUUUGCCUGCCAUGUCCAGCUCAUGGAAAGCGCCCCAGAGAGAGAGACGGUUCAGCGGGCGAGUCACAAUACACGUGGGCCUUCAUUUCAUUCAUAUCGUUACAUUUUACUUACAACGGGAAACACAAAAAAGCAAUCAGUCACAGGCGGCAGAAAAUGAAUUGAAGACUUGGCCUUGCUUGUUUGCCGCUGCUUUGGAAGGUACACCGAUGUCCUCCCGGACUCCUACGACUCGCCCAUACGAACCCCAGCUUACCCCCAGGCCCCAGGAGAGGACCAUCCUGUUCAUGGGUCUGCUUUUGUGUUUUUGUUGUUGUGAGUUUGAUUGACUUGGCAUGCCGAGGGAGCUGAGGGAGACGAGGCACUGAAGUGCACUUGGUGUGUGUGUGUGUGUGUGUGUGUGUGUGUGUGUGUGUGUGUGUGUGUGUGUGUGUGUGUGUGUG